AUGGAUAUCUGCUACACUUCCACAGUUAUUCCCGAACUAGUCCGAGAUUUGCUUUCUGAGAAGAACACCAUCGCCUUUGGUGACUGCAUGAUGCAACUCUUUACCAUGCAGUUAUUUGAUGGAGUUGAGGUCUUCAUCCUUGUGGGGAUGGCCUAUGAUCGCUACAUUGCCAUCUGCAAAUCCUUGCAAUAUAUGGUCAUCAUGAACAAGCAGCAGUGUGCCACAGAGGUUGAAGUACGCUGGGGAGGAGGAUUUCUCCAUUUCAUCGUUCAGUACCUCCUUGUCAUAUAUUUGCCCUUCUAUGGUCCCAAUAAGAUUGAUCACUAUUUCAUCGAUGUUUACCCUCUCUUAGAACUGGUCUGCUCAGUCACUGAUGUCCCUCGCCAAUUCAGGGACAAUUGUAUUGAUCUCAUUUGUAGUUUUGGUCUUCUCUUAUGUCACCAUUUUAGCCAGUCUGAAUAUCCACUCUUUGGAAGGACGGCACAAAGCCCUCGCUACCUGAGAUUCCCACAUCACCAUGCUGGCCCUGCUUUUCUUGACUCUUGCAUCUUCAUUUACCUCCGGCCGACCCAGACCUUCCCUGAGGAUAAGGUGUUUGCUCUGAUUUACACCAUCACUGCCCCCAGGUUCAACUCCUUCAUCUACACGCUGAGCAAUAAAAAUGGCCAUGAGGAAGGUGUAGUGCUUUAA